AUGGGUCAAGAGGAAGAAGAAUCAGAGGAGGAUCACAUGUUGUUUACCGCAAGCGAAGAAGGAACAACAACACCGAGAGAAGACAUAUGGUUGGUAGAUAGUGGAUGCACUAACCAUAUGACAAAGGAGGAGAGAUAUUUUUCAAAUAUCAACAAGAGCAUUAAGGUGCCGAUCAAAGUCGGAAAUGGAGACACCGUCAUGACAGCCGGUAAAGGAGAUAUCACUGUCAUGACAAAGCAUGGAAAGAGAGUCAUCAGGAAUGUAUUCUUGGUUCCGGGUUUAGAGAAACAUUUGUUGAGUGUUCCACAAAUUAUCUCAAGCGGCUAUCAAGUGUGUUUUCGAGAGAAGAGUUGCAUCAUUCUAGAUGCAAAAGACAAGAAGAUCGUGGAGAUUCCAAUGACCAACAAGAGCUUUAGGAUAAAGCUAAGUUCCGUGGAAGAAGAAGCCAUGCAAGCGAGUGAAUCAGAAGUUCUGAAAACAUGA